UCUGUCACUAGUCAGUGCCUACCUACGUAAUUCUUUCGACAUUAGUUGCUGAAUAAUUAAUAUUUUUAUUUUCUCUCUUGCAAAUGUCCACAAAGCUGUUUACGUUAAUUGGAUUUGCGCAGAAAACUUAAAAGUGUAUACCACGUCAUACAAUAACGAGUUUCACAAUAGAAUACAGCGGGAAAACCGUAAAAUAACACGAAAAUGACGAUCGAAGGGAACAAGGACGAGGCUGACAAGUGCAUUGAUAUAGCUCAAAAUGCUUUUUCCGCUGGCGACACGGAGAAAGCUGAGAGAUUUUUGUUAAAAGCGGAGCGUUUGUACCCUUCAGCGCGGGCUAAGGAGUUGUUGACGCGCGUCCGAGCCGCUGGGUCGUCGGGAAAUGCAAGUAAACGGACACCACCGAGCACUCCGAGUUCUAGCACAGAGGAAAAUGUACGGAAGAGGAAGACCCCGUCCCACCAGCCCCCGCAGCGGGAGUAUACACAGGAGCAGUUGGAGGCCGUCCGACGCGUCAAUACUAAAUGCAAGGACUAUUACGAAAUACUCGGAGUAACAAAGGAAGCCACUGAUUCUGACAUCAAGAAGUCCUACAAGAAACUGGCGUUGCAGCUUCAUCCCGACAAGAACCAUGCGCCCGGCGCCGCUGAGGCCUUUAAGGCAAUCGGAAAUGCAGCAGCCAUCCUCACAGACCCUGAGAAGAGGAAGCAGUACGACCUGCGGGGCGAGGAGCCAGUCCAGCCCCAGCACACCCACCACCAGUAUUAUGCCAGAGGGUUCGAAUCGGAUCUCACAGCUGAGGAGCUCUUCAACAUGUUCUUUGGAGCGACCGCGUUCCCCGGCGGAGGCCCGACGGUGUACGCGCGACGACGGGCGCGCGAGCCCGAGCCGCGCGAGGCGCACGCGGGGCUCGUGCAGCUGCUGCCCGUGCUGGUGCUCGUGCUGCUCUCCAUGAUGUCGGGCUUCUUCAUCAGCGAGCCGGUGUUCAGCCUCACGCCCAGCUCCAAGUACCCGGUGCCUAGGGAGACUGUCAACUUGAAGGUCCCGUAUUAUGUGAAGGAGAAUUUCCACACGGAUUAUCAGGGCUCGCUGCGGCGUCUGGAAAUGGCCAUCGAGGAGGAAUAUAUUGUGGGACUACGGCACGCGUGCCAGCGCGAGCGCAACUACCGCGACAGCGCGGCGUGGAAGGCGCGAAACUUUGGCGACGCGAAACAGUACGCGGACGCGCAGCGCCUGCGCACGCCCAGCUGCGACAAGCUGCAUGAUUUGCGCGCCUAGACACCACGCAGCAGACGCGAGGAGCUGGCGACGGUAUCGACGGGGGUACUGUCGUUAAGGGCAUAAAGUCACCGGCGACGAUGUCACCAAGGGCAGAAGUCGUUGGGGACAACGUCGCCGGGGGCAUAGGUCGACGAGGGCAUAGUUGCCAAGGGAAACGCCACCGGGAAUUCUAUCAGUAGCAGCAAUAAAUCACGGGGGCACUAGUCACUAGGGGCGGGCAUGUUUGCUAAAUAUACUUUGUACACAAAUGAAUUGUUAAUAAAUAUAGUAUGUGGAUUAUAAUUAACCAUAUGGGAUGUUUCUGUAAGACACAGUGAAUACGUCGCUAUGGGCACUAAUCACCAGGGUCACUAGGGCACAGAGUCACCAGGGGCACUAAAUCACCAGGAUCUUUAGGGGCAUGGAAUCACAAGGGGCAUUAAAUUACCAGGGUCACUAGAAGAAUGGGAUCACCAGGUGCACUUAAUCGCCAGUGUUCCUAGGGGCAUGGUAUCACAAGGGGUAUUAAAUUACCAGGGUCAUUAGGGGCAUGGGGUCACCAGGGGCACUACACACCCGUCACAGGUUAAAACGUUGUCUAUGUUCAUAUUUUAUUAAUGUUAGGUUCCUGACGUAGUAUAAAAUAAAAUAUUUACAAUCAUAGACUUGCAUCUAAUCAGAACUGUAUUUUUUUUAAUGGGAUGAAAAUGGGACGGUAAUCCCACUUACGUUAUCGGUACACGCUGGUGGACCACCAGUGGGUGAUCCACCAGCAAUGAUAGGUGAGGAUCAAGUCAGUUGGCUCCUCGUGGCGAAUAAACCACGGUAGUUUCUUAGUGGUGGGUGGUGUUGGAGGGGUGAGGGGGGUAGGGGGUAGUUUGACUAAUUACAUAUAAUUAGCAAUGGAGCUACUGUACCGAAGUAUUGAAGUAUUAGCACUUCCCUCCACCUACUGCUAAUUAAGGAUAGACGAUUUAAAGAAUAUAUAGUUAUAAUAUCUAUAUAUUGGCGGGUAUAACAGAUAUUUCUGUUAUCCAAUAUGUAAUAUCGGAAUGAAGAAAACGUUUGAAGUGAAUAUAUAUAUAAGGAAAUAGGAAUCUUGGUUUGUAAAUUGAUAAAUGUAGUUAAUUUAUUUAUAGUAAACUGUUUCCUGUGGCUUUGUUCGUGUGAAUUGGUACAUAAAGUGUCCUAUGUGUUAAGUAAGGAUGUAACCUACUCGUGUACCAAAUUUAAUGCAAAUCCUCAAAUCCCGUAUCAAAAAUCACGCCCCAGAUCUUGAUACGGGCUAGAUACUCGAUAGAUAGAUACUCUUUAUUGUUCCCUCCAUAAGAUUACAAUAGUAAACUUAUUAUAGAUACAAACAAUUACAAGGAAAUAUUGCACUGAGAGAACAAUGGACGGCCUUAUCGCUGAGAGCGAUCUCUCGCAGGCAACCUUUGGAUUAGGUAUAAAUAAUAAUACAGUAUACAUUGCAUUGGUUGAAUUGACCACAUUACCUGAGUCCUCAGGAAUGGCAAUGCAUGGAGGUAUCAUGGGCAAAACAGUAUACUCUGUUAUGUCCAUGGUACUGCUCAUGUCUAUAGGCGACGGUUACCACUUUCCAUCAGGUGGGCCGUCAGCUAGUUUGCCAUUUUAAGUUGUAUAAAACAAUAAAAAUAACAAGUUUGGCACGAGGAUAGGUUACAUCCUAACUCAGUACACAGGAUACUUUAUGUACUGAGUCACACGAGUGAAGUCGCGAGAUACAACUAGUGUUUAUAUGAUUUGUUUUAUACGCUUAUUCAUAAUUUGUUGUGUACAUUUAUAAAUUAUUAUUUAUUAUAAUAGCCGUUGACUGUCCACUGCUGGACGUAAGCCUCCUCUUUGGGGUGCUUUGUAGUUGCCACGCUUGGCAGGCGGGUUGGCAACCGCAGUUAGGCUUUGGUGAUGUUUUAAGAGGGACGCUGCAACCCAUCCCUCGACUGUUGAGUUCUAAAUUUAUAAAUACUAUAGCAAUAUGUUUUGUUUUUUUUUUUUAAGUACACCCAGCAGCUCCAAAUUCCAAUUUAUUGUGGCCGAUUUUUUAAAUAAGUCAUUGCAUCGGCAGAACGAUUGCUUGUAAAUUUAUACAGAUAGAUGGAUAGAUAACCUUUAUCACCAGUAUUAAGAAAAUAAAAAAUUAAAACAACAAAAAGAAAAAAAGAACAAUUAAUGUUGCUGGUCGCUGGAGCCGCCUCAGCUGUUGCUAUAUAUAUGUACAGCUCCAGCGAGAUGUACUUAUAUAGCGCUGAUUUUCAGGCGGGCCCUUAAUUUAUUUACCUUUAGCAUGCGCGCGGGUCGCCAAUACCUAUUUCUCGGAUGGGAGACUCAACACGCUUACCAACAAAUACAUAAAACAUUACAACUAAUACAUAAAACAUUACAACAAAUACAUAAAACAUUACAAACAAAUACACAAAACAUUACAACAAAUACAUAAAACAUUACAUCAAAUACAUAAAACAUUACAACAAAUACAUAAAACAUUACAAACAAAUACACAAAACAUUACAACAAAUACAUAAAACAUUACAAACAAAUACACAAAACAUUACAACAAAUACAUAAAACAUUACAACAAAUACAUAAAACAUUACAAACAAAUACACAAAACAUUACAACAAAUACAUAAAACAUUACAAACAAAUACACAAAACAUUACAACAAAUACAUAAAACAUUACAACAAAUACAUAAAACAUUACAAACAAAUACACAAAACAUUACAACCAAAACCGAAAAGAACAAACUGAAUAAAUUGUCGCACCUCACAAUGACAGCAUUUUGAAAUUAUUUCAGUGAUUAACUAUUAAAUAGAUAGAUAGAUAGAUAGAUAAAUUAUUUGCAUCACUUACAGCACACAAAUAAUAGAUACUGGUACUUAUUUAAAGAAAUAAAAUAUAAGAUAUACAUAAAAAAAGAGGUUUUUUUUUUUUUAAUCAAAUUUUUGUCGAGGCUUUAGUACACCGGAGUGACUAUGCCAGCCUCAUAGAGAUUGUCUGAAAGUCAAUCUGUCAGUCCGUCAGGGACACCUCUACCCACGGAUAUAGUCGUCUUGCAUUGCGACUGCCAGGUUGACCCAGUAUUAAAUUGACAUUACCGUUAUGUAAUGGUAAAAAAAAAAUUAUAAAAUUAAAAUAAAAAAUGGUCAAAAGAGGUUACACAAUUUCUUGUGAGUGUGCCACAGUAACGCAAAAUGGUCACGACUCAGUUUAUUGCUUCGCCAUCAAAAGGGCGAAACGCUGUAACAAAUCGUAAAAUGUUAUGGUAUUUUUUUACAACCAACGCCCAUGACUGCAAGAAGGAAGUGCUUGACUUAUUUUUUUUUUCUUUUAUGUCAUCUCAUCUAUAAUAUAUCUGUUUCUUCUAUCUAAUCUGUAAGUUUCUAAACGAAUUUUUUUUUUUUUUUUUUGUAUCUGAAAGGAUAUACUUAUAGUUCCUGUAAAAAUUAUAUCAUAGCAUAUUCGGCAGUUUAGUUUUUAAAUAAAAAGUAACCGGUCUUUCUACAAUUAAAUUCGAGUUUUUUUUUUUUUUUUUUUUUUUUUUUUUUUGUGGAGUACUGUCUAAAUAAUUAUUGUUGCCAAGUAAAUUGGAAUGAUGUCAGAUUCAUUACAGACUCACAGCACUUGCUGGCUGGCAGAGAAUAAAAUGUGCCUAAUGUAUUUAAUAUCCAGGCACAACACGCUUUAACCGCUUAAAACUAGUUAUUGUUCCAAAUUUAAAAAUAACAAGAAUUUAUUUUGUUCAUAUUCUUGUCAAAUCAGCUUCGAGCUAAUAUAUUUUUUUUUUUUGUAAUAAAUGAUAAUAGAAUGGUAACCCCGCCUGCGCUAUCGGUAUACGCUGGCGGAGUACCAGGGACACAUGAUAGGUGAGGAUGUCGGCAGGUCAGCUCGUGACGAGUACACUAGGAAUUCAGCACGAUGGUUUCCAGGGGGGACCACGGGGUGGUCGAUCGAGCUUAUAUUGUGCAGUUGAAUGCCCUACUUUUCUAUCUCGCUCUAACAUGUGACUCAUUAUGUUCUUUUCUCUUUUACAUUACCAAUCUAUAUAUAGUUUGUAAUCUAAGAUUUAUGCCGUUGUUUAAAACAAUAUGGAUGGUACAAGUACUUUUUAAUUAAUUAAUAUAGAAAUAUAGACAGAUAAAUAAUUUAUUUGGAUUCCUCACAGCACACAAAUAACAACAGACAUGCACAGUGAAAAGAGAUAAAAGAAUGAAAAUAAAAAAAAAAGCAAAAUAUAUAAAAAAAAAAAACAAUUUCUUUAUUAUUUAUUGUACACAAACACAAUGUUAAGAAUAAUUCAUUUUAAACAUAAUGUAUUUUUUUUUUAUACAACUUAGAAUGGCAUGUUUACCAUGGUAUAAAGCCAGCUAGCCGCCAGCUUGUUAGCUGACGGCCCACUUGAUGGUAACUGGUAACCGUCGCGUAUAGACAUUCAUUCAGACAUUGUUUGCCAUUCUAAGUUGUAUAAAAAAGAAAAAUGUGGGACUCGAUGCCGGCGUGUCACUCCUCUGCCAGCCUCCACAAGACACGGGUUGAAGUUAUAGAUUGUGAAUAAGUUAUUUAUUAAAUUGUCAUUUUUUUAAUUCUUAGAUAUGUAUAUAGUUUAUUUAUUAACUUAAAAAUAAAAUGUUUAAAUGAAA